AUUGCUUUGUCCCACUCCGUGUGCUGGGAUCGGAGGCUGCAGUGGGGGGGCAGCCAGGAGCAGGGGGUGCCCGCAUUGCCUGGGGCAGCCCCAGCCUGUGUCACCCGGUCUCGGCAGGCUGCUGCUGUGGCAGAUGCCACCUCCACUGGUUCUCUAUGCCCAGGUCUUGGCAUGGCCUCGUCUCGGCACCCCAGGGUCAGCCACCCCCAACACUGGGGUGCUCCAGACCUUCAGAUCCUGCUGGCCCUGUCUGUGCUCUACUUGCCUUACUUUAUAACACUAAGAGAUCUCCUCACCCCCUUGUGUCCCCUCAUUACCCACUGUGGGGCAGCCGGUGCCUGUGCACUCUAAGCUUAGGGAAUGUCGCUCUCUGUCCCCUUGCCAAGGGUGUUAUAGCACCGGGAAUGGGGUGCCCAGGCCCCCUUCCUGCAGGGUGGGCUCUGUUGCAUGCGUGUUUGGGGUGGGGGGGAUUGAGACCAUGAAAAGCCUCCUGAGCAGGGGAUUACAGUCCUCUCACCUGAAGGAGCAUGCUCUGGAUGUGGCAGAGGGGACCCAGCUUCUCCUCCUGUGACACUCCUUCCUCCUCCUUCCCGGCAUCACCCUAUGGCUCCACCACUGCGCACCCUGAUCUCACCAGCUCUCUAUCAGUCUCCACACAGGCAAAUCCCCAGGGGGAAGCCCUAAAACCAGGAUCAAAUCUCUCCCACCACAAAGGCUCCAGCCUUCCACACUUGGAUGUGGUUGAGCACAUCCUCACUCCAGGCAUCGUCGUGGUUCUUCUUUUGCUCGCAGCUGCUGUUGGUGUUCUGGUAGUACUGACUAGGAAGAGGAAGAAGGGGAGCAGAUGCCUUGAACUACGCCGACAUCAACCACGGCGCGAGCACAGCCGAGAGCCGGCUGUACGGCAACACCGAGGCGCUGCGCUGCUCGGCAGGCACCGCGACGGAGUACAUGGAGGUCAAGCAGAGGGACAAGCAUUUGGAAGAGAAGAAAGAGCCCACAUAUGCCACCGUGCGCAGGUCCCUGCCGGAGCAGCAGGAGAUCUAUGCCAACGUGCAGUCAGCUCCACAGCCCAGGGGAGAGCCCCAGAGCACAGUGCAGAGGGAGUGAGCCAGCCCCUGGUCCAUGGGCUGCUCCUACUGCCUGCAGUGCCAGCGGGACUUGCAUGGGAUGCACACGGAGGGCAGUGGGCUGGCUUUCUGUUCAUGCAGGAGCCGGCUGGACAGCAGAGCUGCUGCUCUUGUGGGCUUGGAUGUUUCCUUGGAGCAGCCUCGAGGCGGCUGAGGAUGAGCAGGAGGCACAGGGCGGGAUGAGGAUGGAGUCAUCCUUCUGCAUUUGGAGACCUCACCCGCACAGCAGUGAUGCUGCGAAUAAAUGGACUGGCCAGGCAGUGGUGGAAGAGCCCAGCAGGCUCUGCCUGGCUCCCUGCAUCCAGCACCCAUCCUGCUUGCCCCUUUGGCUGUUAUUCACAGGCACUGAAGCUCCCAAAUCCAUUGGUCACCUCAGAUUGGCUUUUCUCACGUUGAUGGCAGGCAGAGCUGGCAGCAGGAAGCAGGAUAGCAAGACGUGCUAUAUCCAAAUGCAUUUGUUAUAUCCAGAUACCAGGGGCUUGGGGUAGGGUAGGGUAUCGAUGCAAAAGAUAUGGAGAGGAGCUCCUGUUCCUCCUGCACAGCAGCUUGGAAGUGUCUCCCCUGACCCCUGGUCUCACAUCCCCAUUGAGGUUUGCUCCUGCUCUCUCUGCUCCACCAUUCCCAAGGAACUCCAGGCUGGGAGCACACGGAUAAGCUGUAACCAUGAUCCUGCUCUUCUCUGCUUUCUUGAUAACUUAUUUCAUGGCACCCACUCAAUACAUCUGUUUGUGAGGCUGAGAUAAAUGUAUUUCAGGGGUUCAUUUGGAGAGGAUCUGUUAACGUCAACUGCUGCAAAGCUUUGGUUCAGUAUUGAUAUAACUAUCUUGUUCGAGAAGCCACAUGGAGCAUCCCUGCUCUGGCAAAGCCAAAGACUGCUGGAAGU